GGGAGGGGGUAAGGGGAGUGGAGUUUUCAAUACGGCGCACGCCAUACGUGACGUGACGUCUUGUGUUCUGCUAGAGCCUAUUCAAUUUUACCUGGAAGAAAUAUUUUUGGGGAAAAUGGCUGGUCUCUUUGGCUCUCACGGCAAACAAUUUUCUAUAGACGACGCAUUCGAAGAGGACAAUGAGGAAAUGAUACGUGUGUACGGCUCAACAACGGAAAGGUCGCCUCUAAAGCCCAAAAACCGGAAUUUUGCGACCGAAGAUGUUCUAGUACGAAUAGAAGAACCUGAAAGAAUGCCCAUUGCCAUUCCCCAGCCCAGACUGAAGUUUGGAGACGAUACAACAUCUCGAGACAGUGAUUCACUACUUCAGGAUGGAGGGAGCUGCUACUCCACCAAAUUUGACACCUCUCAAUCUUGUUGGCACCAUCCUAAAGUGCGUGAAAAUUGGAAAAUGGUACUUGCUGCUACAAUGCUUCUUAUAAUCGGGAUCGGCCUCCUUACCACAGCUAUGGUUGUAACUUUCUCGCCUGACACAGGACUCCAAGGGUUUGUUUUCUUCGUUGCUGGAUUUAUUUGUUUCAUUCCUGGAGCAUAUCAUGUUGUUUACAUAUACCUUGCUGUGAAAGGAAAGAGAGGGUUCGAUUUUUACCAUCUACCUUUGUUUAACUGAGCUUUGAAAUUAUUUGAUCUCUUCUCAGAGAUGUAAAACUCAAUAGAUGUUACCAAAAAGAAUCUUAGUCUAAGUGUAACUUUUUAGACCUCUUGGUUCUUUCUUAAAUUUUGAGACUACCAAGCAGGUAGGCACAGGCACAUAUAUUUUCUAGUUGGAAACCAGCAAGCCAAGUUAGAAACAGCUUCAAUCUCAAUUAUACAUCUAAAUGUCCCCGGGACCAUGGAAUGAUGAGUAAUAUUAUUUUGAGUAUAGCACAGUUUGGCUGGAAAAUUGCUAUUCAUUCUCUCUCGCUCCUUGACAUCGUUUGACUUUUCCUUUAUGUUAUGUUGCAGUUAUGAUUUGGAGUAUAUUCUAUACUCAUUGAACUAUGUCACAUCUCUCUAGAGUAUUAUUUUAGUUGAGUUUGACUGUUUUAGAAAUUAGCACAGAUGCUAAUUUUUCUCGUGAGAACUUUUUAAUGUGUUUUGUAGUGUUAUCUCUUAUGUGUAUGGCUUGCCAGAUCAAUAUUAUUAUACUCUAGUUCAUGUAAUUUUACUAUUGUCUUUAAAUGCAUUGACACUACAGUGUCCUAUUUUGGUUUGAGGGCCUUGUAUACUAUAGUAUUUGAAGUGGCAGCUAGAUUUGUGGAUCUUAUAUAUGUUGGUAUUGUAAAGCAAUUUUCCAACAAAUUUAUGACAUGGUGGCCAUUUGAUUAAACUCAUGUUCUUAAACCAAGUUCUGCCUAUCAUGUCAGAAGGCAGUAAUGGUUUGGUGUACUUUUAUUGCUUUCCCUUUAUAUAGAGGGAGACGUUUUCUUGCUUGUGCAUAGUCAGCAAAACCAUGCCAGUUAUUUAAUAGGUGCCUGUUAAAUCAAACAAGUUGGUUAUAUUUAUUGUUAAAGAUAAAAUGAAAUCACUUUGUAUGUUUGAAAGUGACAUAGACUGUAUAGUUUUAGUUUCACUUAGUUACUAACACAUUAAUAAUUUAUUGUUGAUUCUUUGAAAGUUCUGUUAAAGAUAUGGUAAGGCUGCUCAGCACAGUUUCAAUUCACGUUGCUUUAGAUUGUGGUGUGUUUACAUCAGAAGUAUUGUCUUUCAUAUUUUUUUCAUGGCUUGCGCCUUUAUAUGUUUAAAUGUAUCGCUGUUUGUUUUUUUUGUGAUAUUACACUCACCAUUAUAGAAUACAUGUUUUGUUUUACAAGCAUUACGGUAACUAAUGCCAUCACUUGUGAUUCUUUUAUAAUUUUUGUAAAGACUGAUAGGAGACUUAAUGUAGUUGUUGUAUAAGUAUUGAAGUUUAUGUAGCUUAAAGAGUUACCUCUGAAGGCUUCAUAUAAGCCAUAAAUUAUAUUUGAUAACAAGAUUGACUCUCAAAAAAGCAGUUUCAAUGGAUUUCCUUAGUUUUUGAUGGAUGUGAAGGGAUUGUGAAAUCUUUUCUGGGAUCAAAUCCAACCAUUCAAGUCAUACUUUAGUUUUGGAAUUCUCUUGUGUAAGAUACUGUUGUUUGAAGUGUUUUAUUUUACUUCAAAAUUUGUUUUUCUCCAUCACUAUCUUCAUCUCUCUCUCAAUUUUUCUGCCUUCAUAAAACACUCCAACCAGGCGUUUUCAUUAAAAAUGUCAUCACCUGUUUUAGGAUAUUUUCUUUUUCUGUCAGUCUGAAAACUUGUCAGUCAGUUUCCUUGCAUACAUUUCAAAAUGCCUAUUGUCAUUUUAUACUUUGUUGUUAAACAAACUGUAUCUCUCUUGCGGGAACAAGUUAAUUAGACACAACUAAUAAUAGGACAUGCAUUUUUAGGUCAAUUUUAAAAAUCAAAAAAAUAGGGCAAGCGUUGAGAAAUUCCCCAAAACUGAGGGAAUUUUUCUGAAUUUUUAGAAAACUUCCUCAUGAUAGAAGGAGUUUUCCUUCAAUCACAGGUGGUCCUCAAAGUUUUCCCCUUUCUCCAAAUAAAUCAGGUAUUGUUUUUACCUUGUUCUGGUACAUUGUGUUUGGAAUAUGUUCUUUUUGAAUCUCUGCUGUUUUUUUCUAGAUCUCAAACAGGUUAUUGUAUCAAGUCACCAUUUUAACUCAAAAUUUCUAUGAAUUGUAUUUUGUUUUAUCUUCAUAUAUGAUGUGUAGCCAGUGGAAAAACUUUUACAAUGUGGGAAGCGAAAUCAGAACUUUGUAGAUUUGUGGCUAGAUCAAAAUUACUGGUGCUAAACAUCAAUGAAUUAGUCUUUGUUUGAAAUGUAUUUGAAUUGUAUUAAUUAAACUGAAGUUACGUCUUCCAGAUAACUGGUGUUAGUUAAGGUCUGUCAGGUGACAUUCUGCUGCUCUCUUGCUCCCUGCUUGAUCUUUCUGAAUAUUGGCUGACUUUUACCUUUUAUACCAUUUGUAUGUGUGUUGAGCUGUCAAUGUUCAGCUUGAUAUUUCUAUUUUUGUAUAGAAUUGCACAUUCUUGCAUAUUUGCGACACAAGUUGACUGUUGUAAGCUCUCGAUAAAACUGUGUAGCUCUCCAAAAAAUUGAAAUGUAUCCCAAGAAAAGUUCACCGAGCGAGCAAGUGCUGUAAAUGGAAAACCAAUGCUGUAAAUUUUGGCCCUGAUGUACAACUCUAGUUGGUUCUCAUUAAAAGGACUCGAUUGCUUGGCUAA